ACCACCUUUCGUGCAUCGCGAAUCGAGCCUGUAGCUGCUUCGAACAUGGUUGGCAGGGCAGGUCGGUCUAAGGGGUGUUUUGAUUGCCGUCGGAGGAAGAAGGGGUGCGAUCUAUCACGGCCACAUUGUGACCAAUGUAUCAAGAGAAAAACUCGAUGCACGGGUUACGAUGACACCCUGGAUGUAGUAGUUUAUACCCCCCCAGCUUCCAAAUUCAUCUACACUCCACCGGCUUCCAAAUCACAUGCCAGCUUGGAAAGUACCGCUAUGCAGAUUAAGUAUAUCGACACUUUCUGGGAGCUUCUGUUACCCACCAUGUCCAGAGCAUCGCGAUCUCCCAAUGGAGGUUGGACUCAAGUCAUCCGGGACCAUUAUACGGCUGAUGGGCCUUUCAAGAACGCAAUGCUUGCGUUGACGCUUUCACGUGUUGGUCAAUAUAGCGGCAACGCCGAUGUCGCAAGAUCAGGAGCUAUCCAUUACACCAACUGCCUCCGGGAAGUUGCUCGUAAGAUUGAUAUACAGAGGGGUGCUUGCAAUGAUGAACUUCUUGCUGUGUGUAUGAUCCUGGGUCUUUACGAGGUCAUGUGUAGCCCAACAGCGCAGGGAAUUAAUUGGCAACAUCACAUAUCAGGGGUUGGAAUCCUGAUGCAGCUUCGUGGGCCUCAUGAAUUUACCUACGGGAUUAGUCAUGCUCUUUUCGUCGGUGCGCGCAUGGACGUAAUUUUCGGUGCACUUAUAUCUCGCAAAGCAACAUUCCUCGACUCUCACGAAUGGACGACCGUACCAUGGAGCACUCCUAAGUCCAUUUAUGACAAGGUGGUCGAUCUUUGUGCUCAAGUACCUCGCGUUCUGGAAAUGCUUGACCAGCUGCACAUAGCAAGACCUCAACCGGCAGCCAAUUCAGAGUCGCUGCUGAAGGCUUGCUGGAGGCUCGACAACGAACUCCAAGACUGGUAUCGCGAGUUCGUCGCAACCUGCAAUGACCUACGCCACAUCCAUCCGAAUCGUUACGCGAGCCGGGCUCCAGACUUCGAUCAGCCACUGACUGCAGAGACCGAGAUCAACUAUGAACAUGCGCAGGCACUUUCUGUAUAUUGGAUAGCAUGCAGUUUCGUUCAUACAAUCCUCCGCCUUUUGUGGCAAGCUUGCGACAAUCCCGUGUAUCUCCUACCGCAUCGCAUUGAUCCGCUUCGGUAUGCGAGCCUCAUCUCUAAGUCACUGCCUUAUUUCUCUGCACCCAGUGCAGGUGAAGGCUCCAUGUUAUAUUACGCCAUGAGUAUAGGCACUGCGCUUCACUGCUUUUCUGUGUCGAACCAACUCUGCUCGCCAGAUGCUUAUCGCAUAACGAAUGGUUUCUAUGGUUUAGAGGAUCCAACCGGAAUCGGAGUCCGAGUAGGACUGUUUUUGAGGACGCUGGCGGCGGCCAGUGUGAAGCCUCAUGGCAAAUUAGACAAAGCAACUAGGGAUGAUAUAGCGGAGUUCGGAAAAAGAUGGUGGGGCGGCGGGAGGGAGAAAGUCACCUUGAGGCCGCGAACGCCGGUAGGGAAAGCAGAUAAGAUGUGAUAACAACAACUUUACUCUACGACCGGCCUUUUCAAGGAGCGGAUUGCCAUGAUUCUGGUAUGGAAAGCGAAGACGCAUCAUAAUAUCGUCAAGCAGGUACCGACACGCAGUAUGGCCACUAGCUUUGUGUCAUUAGAG